AUGCAACUAUCAAUUGGGAUUGAUUUUUAUCAAUAUAUUUAUAUCUUAUUUAUCAUAACCAUUCUAUAUACAAUCCAUUCAAAUCAAUUAAUGUAUAAUAUAAAUGCUCAAACUACACGUAUUAUACGUAUUAAAGAGAAUACACCAAUUGGUACUGUAAUUAUACCAAAUAUAAUUGAUUUUUUAUAUGGACCAAAUUAUUCACCAAUGGAAUAUUAUGAACAAAAAAAUAAAAAAAAAGAGAAAAAUAUUGAUUAUUUAUUAGCUAUUGGUAAUUCAGUAAUGCAAGGUGCUAAUUGGUUUGCUAUAGAUAAUUUCAAAUAUAGUUUAUAUAUAAAAAUAUCACCAGAUCGUGAUCUAUUAUGUCCAAAUAAUCAAAAAUUACCAGAAACAGCUGUAUCUAUUGCAAAUGGUGGAAUUGAAUUUCCAGAAUAUAAUUUAAAUCUUGGAUCCAAUUAUAAUUUACAAAUUAAUAGUAAUAAUAAUAAUAUGAAUAUGAAUAUGAAUAGUAAUAUUGAUAAUAAUGAUUGUAUCAUAAAAUUAUCAAUUAUACAUGGUUCAUCAGCAAAUCCAUCAUUUGAUUUUAUUACAAUCAUUUUAGAAGAUAUAAAUGAUCAUGCACCAAGUUUUAAAGAGAUUCAAACUAAUUUAGAUAGUAAAACAAAUGAAUUUGUUAUUAGUGUACCAGAAACACCAACUUUAUUGGAUAAAAAAGAUGAUAUAUCAAGUAUGAAGCAUAGAACUGAACAUAAACCAAUAAGAAUUCUAUUACCAACAGCUAUAGAUCCAGAUCAAGGUGUAAAUAGUAUUAAAGGUUAUAGAUUAGAAGGUGAAGAUGCUUUUCAUUUUCGACUUGAAGUAGGUCCUUUAAUAAAUAAUGAUUUAAAUUAUCGAAUUCAUAAAGAAUUUCAACAUGUUGGAUUAUUUCAAGAUCAUAAAUCCAAUCGAUUAUGGUUAGUACCAGUUAGAAAUACUGGUGGAACAACAGAAACUAUAAAUAAUGGUGAAUUAGAUAAAGAACAACGAAGUGAAUAUCAUUUUAUUUUAGUUGCUUAUGAUGGUGGUUCACCAUCAAGAAUAGGUAAACUUCCUAUUCGAUUAAUGAUUGAAGAUAUUAAUGAUCAUUCACCAGAAUUUAAUCAAGAAUUUUAUACCGGAAAAAUAUCAGAAAAUGAUCCUGGUGGUCAUAUGAUAUUUGAAUUUUCUGCAAGAGAUAGAGAUAAUACAAAAGAGAAUGGUAUCAUAAAAUUUCGUAUCCCUGGUCAAAUGGAUCAUAAUACAAAUCAAAAUGAAAUUGCCGGUCAAAGAGAUAGAAUUAGUUUAACCGAUAGUCAAUUAAUUGCUGCAGAAUUAUUUUCUAUAGAAUAUCCAUAUGAGAAAUCAAAUGAUUUAUUAAAUAUACAAGAAAAUUUCUAUAAUAGUACUGUUUAUGGUCGACUUAUUAUUAAACGUCAAUCCAAAGAAAAAAUUCAACAAGCUACAUCGAAAGCUAUUUCAAUCGCUCGACAUAAUCAAAUGAUUAUCGGAUCAAAAUUAGGAUCUAAUUUCCCAUUAAAUCAUCAAUUAAAUAAUCAUAAUAAUCAUAAUGAAUUAUUAUCUAAUAAUGAUCAAUUACAUUUCUUUAUAGAAGCAUAUGAUAAUGGUAUAACUCCAUUAGUAACUAAAGCACCAGUCAUUAUUCAUAUUAUUGAUGUAAAUGAUCAUCCACCAGAAAUAUUUAUAUCCUAUCUUAAACCUACACAAUCUACAAUGAAUCAAUUAAAUGUAUAUAAUACAGAUAGACGACAUAUAUGGGGUAAAAUAACUGAAAAUUUAGAAAGAUCAAUCAUAGCACAAAUCACUGUGAUUGAUCAAGAUUCAACAUUAACACAAUCCGAUAUUAUAUGUAAAACAAAUGAUAGUCGAUUUUUAUUAGAAGAAAUCAAUAAUCAUUUAGAUCGAUUUAAUGAUUUUUCAUUAUAUUGGCCUAGUAACAAUUUAUAUAAUAAUAAUAAUAAUAAUAAUAAUAAUAAUAAUAUUGAUUUAAAAUCUCAUUUCAUUGAAUGGAAUAAUCAUAAUAAACCAUUAACAAAAAUAUAUAAAUUAAUGUCAAUCUCUUCAUUAGAUAGAGAAUUUAGUGAUAUACAACCAUCAUUUAUAAAAUUUUCAAUUAUUUGUAUUGAUAAUCAACAUAAUGAAUUACCAGGUGGUUCAUUAACAUCACAAGCGGAUAUAUUACUUGAAAUAGAAGAUAUAAAUGAUAAUUCACCUAUAUUUGAUCAUAAUGAAUAUACAUUUCAUUUACCGGAAAAUUAUCCAAAAAUAAAAUUAGAACAUAGUAUUCAUUCAUCUGAAAUUGAACGUUAUCCUAUUGGGAUAGUACAUGCAACUGAUAAAGAUGGUGGAAUUCAUGGAAAUGUUAAUUAUAAAUUAGUUUCUAAUCCAAGUGGUUCAAUACAGAUAGAUAAAUUUAGUGGAAUGCUUUAUGCUAUUCAACCAUUUGAUCGUGAAACUAUAAAUGAAUUAGUAUUUCAGGUAUAUGCAAUAGAUUGUACAUUAUCAAAUGGAACUAAUGAUCGACAAUGUGAUGAGUCAUUGAGAUUAACAGGGACUGCUAAUGUUCGUAUAAUUAUUGACGAUUUGAAUGAUUCUCCUCCAAUUUUUCAAGAAGCCAAUUAUCACUUUGAAGUUGAAGAGGGAUUAGAUCUUGUUAAAGUUGGACAAGUAUGGGCUGUUGAUGCUGAUCAAGAAGAAGCUGCACGUAUUUCCUAUCGUCUAGCAGUUGGAAUUAAUAAUCGAAUUAAAGAACCAAUAAAUGAUGGAAAUUUUGCAGAACAAGUUACAAAAUCCUCCAACAAUCAGAAUCUUUACGAUGAAGCACUUGAGAUUACCACUCAUUUCCAAAUUGAUCCAAGAAGUGGGAUUAUUCACCUAAAGGGAAGGCUAGAUCGUGAAAGACGUGCACACUAUGAAUUUGUGGUUCUAGCUUUGGAUAACCCUAGGUCCAUACCGACAAAAAUAGCUGGAUACCAAAGACAAACAACAAAUGAAGUCAUUCAGUUCACAGCAACGGCAACAGUUCUAAUAACUGUGUUAGACCACAAUGAUAAUCCACCUAGAAUACUCAGUCCAUUGAAUCAUGUAGAAUUUAUGCUAAGCCCAGAUCAGCUAAUCGCUGGAAAUACGAUAUUUACAAUACGUGCGACCGAUCCAGAUUUAGGUGAAAAUGGUACGAUUGAAUACAAAUUACUUCAGGUGGAAGAUGACCUAGGUUCAUGGAAUUUCGCAGAAUCUGUUCAAAGGAAUAGUCAAGUAAAUCAUAGAAAUACUACAGAUACGAAUUCACAAAUGAACCAAGAAAGUAAAUCUUCGAAUGUUGACUAUCCGUUUGCUGUAGAUCGAACUGCAGGCAUUUGUUAUCUUCGCGAGAAUCUACCACCGUUAAAUGUUGAUGGUCCUAGAGCUUAUAUGCUACGUAUAUUAGCCUAUGAUUUAGGAAAACCGGAUAGUUUAAACACAACUCUAGUUAUUCGUGUGGCUCGUCAAGUAGGAUCAAAUGGAGAUAUCUCAAAUGGAAUAUUAUACUCAAAUAGAAUUAAUGCUAAAGAAUAUCGACAGACUGGGAGAACAGAAACACAACAAUAUUUAUUCCCAUCAAACGAGCAUGAUUCUGAAUCCGAUGUUAAAGUUGGAACAUGGACAUCAGCAGGGCAUGCAAGAAUAUCCGAUAAAACAAUGGUUGUUAUUUUAUCAACUGUAUUUGUUUUACUAUUGCUUACAACAAUUGUUCUCCUACUACUUGUACGCUAUAGACGUCUAUUAAUACGAAAUAUUCCAUUAGAACAAAGUUUAGCAUGUGAUGGUCCUGAUUCAAAAGCAAACGAAGGUUUUGCUGUGGGUAAACCAUUGAGUCCAACUCAAAAUAAUUUGAAUGGUUUCAAUGGAUUCUUCACUGAGGUUGUUACAGCUCCAUGGGUUGGUGGUUCAACAUCUCCAGUUGUUUACCCAACUCCAUGUAACUAUCCCACUAUAUACAAUACAGGUGUUAACCGUUCAAGAGGUUGUAUAGCAAAUCCUAAUGCUUGUUGGUCACCUACAACUACUUUAUGUAAAUCACCUAUUUCUAAUCAUGAAAAUCAACGAAAAUGUAUGCAAACACCAACUACAAUGUAUCAUUCAUCACCAUCACAUGGAUUUAGAAUAUUACCAACAUUUGGGGUUACUAGUAACUGUGUUGGAGUUGGAAAUAAUCGACAAUUUGAUUCCCCCGUUUCAAGUGUAAAUCCAUCAUUCUCUGGACUACCUAAUGGUUAUAUUCUUCAAAAUUAUAGUUUACGAGAUGAUGAUGAUGAUGUUGAUGAUGAUGAAGGUAAUGGAAUAUUUCAUGAUAUAACACCAAAUAAUGAAAUAAAUAAUAAAACUAUUAAAACUAAUGAUGAAAGACAAAAUCUGAAAAAUCCUAAAUCGGAACAAAUCUUUUCAAAAUCAUUAGCUAAUAAUCUUCAUUGUCAAAAUAAGUUACCUGAAACAGAUAUGAUAAGAUCAUUUUCAUCAUUAAAACGAACAGCUAUUAGUCUUGAAGAGAUUAAUGAUUACAAAGAUGAAACAAAUUCUAAAAAUUAUAGUCGUUUAGUACGUUUCCAAUUAGCACAAGGUGAUAUACAUGAAAAUGAUCCUGCGCACAAUAUACCAAUAUCAUCUAGAAAUGAAUAUCAAACAUUAACAUCAUUUCAUCGUGGUGAUGAUGAUAGACAAUUGAAUAAAACUUCACCAUUAUUUUGUAGUUGGAUAAAAUCUGAUCAACAUCAACCGAUUGAAUCAUUCCUAAAUCCAUAUGAUCAAUUAAAUUGUAAAACACAAUUGAAAUCAUCCAAACCAAACAAUAUUAAUAAUAAUAGUAAUAGUGGGAAACAAAAUCAUACUAUUACAACCAAUAAUAAUAAUAAUAGUGGUGGUGGUGGUGGUGGUAGUGGUGGUGGUGGUGGUGGUGGUGGUGGUGGUGGUGGUGGUGGUGGUGGUGGUGGUGGUGGUGGUAAUAGCAACAAUAAUAAUAAUAAUAAUAAUAAUAACAAUGGUAACAUUCAUACUAUAUUCCCAGAUUUUUUUCAAUUACAACCAUUGACACAUUCACAAUUAACUGAUAAUCACAAAACACCAUCAUGUGAGAAUUUAUGUCCAUCGGAUGAUUUUUACAUGUCAACAAUCAAAUCCAAUAAAAAGUCUAUUAACAAUACUGAUAACAUAUUCGGUAACAGUAAUCAUAAUCAUAAUAAACUAAUGCCUACAUUGAAUAAAUGUAAUUUAUUAAAUAAUAAUCAUUCAUUAACAAAUUAUCCAACAACAAUUGAAUGUACACAUAAUAUAUCAAAUGAUUUGAAUAAAUCACCCAAUAAAUUAAUGGAAGGGGAGAAAAAAAUAAAAACAACACGUCAAUCGAAAAUGGUUACAUUGAUUUCACCAAAAAAGGAUUCAUCAGUAAUCAUUAACAAUAAUAAUAAUAAUAAUAGUAAUGAUACGAAUGAAAUGCAUAACUUAUAUGAUGAUAAUAAUAAAAAAAGUAAUACUAAUGUAAAUAAAUCUUUAAAUGCUGAAGGUAGUUUUGUGUAAUGUCAUAGUAACAAAAUUAUAAUGAUUACAUUUAGAUUUAAUCAUUCUCUCUUUCUUUAUAUAUAUAUGGAUAAAUAUAAACAUAAAAUUAUGUAAUUAGAAAUGCAAUUUUUGAAACGAAAAAAAAAGGCAUUUUUUUCUCUUCAUUUCACUUCUCCACCCUACCCCCCUCACACACCAAUUUAUACACCUAUUGCAUUUAGCUCAUCGUCCCUCUAUUUUUUUCUCUUUUUUUAAAAAUGAAAUCGAUUUAAAUUUACACACCUCACCGAUUCAAUGUCCGAUGCGUAAAAUUUUAAAAUUACUUCUCAGUUGUUACUAUAUAUAUAUAUAUUGAGUAAAAUGAUUACAGAAAAAUAAUAAAAGAGAUUCCAUCUUAAAAGUAGACAUUUCAAUAAUUCCAUUAUGUAAUUAUUUACUGGAUAGAAAUCAGAAGUGUUAUUUAUUAUUGUAUUGUAUUGUAUUGAUGAAAUUACCAAUAUAGGGAAGUACCGUACAAUGCUGGUCUAUGCUUCAUUUGGGGGUAACAAGCCUAGGUAAAGUAAUAUAUACAUACGUUUUUCUUACUUUUAUUAUUUGUACAGUUAUAAAAAACACAAACAUUUAUUUCUUUAACAAGACAACAUUAUCCCGAAAUCAUUUUCUUUUUGUAAAACCUUCAGAACUGUUCUAGUAAUCUAUUCAGACAUUUCAAUGCUCAUCUUGAAUAUUUUUUACAAGAACUCAUUCAUAAAGACAUAUAUUUAUUUUUAAAAAUAUCAUGAACGAAUCAACAACAACGACAACAAAAAUCCCAGAUGAUCUAUGAAAACUUUUAAUUCUUAUAUAGAAUGAUUCGUUUGUACUAUUUAAACUUGAAUUCAUUUUGAUUUGGUUAUUUAUUCUUUGAAGAAGUGGCUUACAUUGAGUUACGAAACAUUAGAAAAUUGAAAUUUCUUCUUUUUAUUCAUUUGGAAUAUUACAAAUAUAUAUUACUUAAUUAGUUUCUUUAUUGCAUUUAUAACUUGCAUCGUUAACCCUAUUGUUAUUAUUAUUAUUAUUGCUAUGUUUAAUCAACACUUGAACAUAUAUAAUGUUACUAACUAUGUUACAUUAUGACGUCGUCAUUAAGAUCUGAAGUAUUACUGAAUAUUGUAUAUAUUGUUUAUUAAUAAGAUAUGAGUAAAGUUGUUUUCUUUUUCCUUUUUUAUUUGUAAAUAAAAUGUAAAUUGAUUGUAUUUCAAUAAAGUAAUUACAUGUCUUA